GAUUUCACCGGGACUCCUGCUGGGCUAGUCAACUCUCGUCCGACAACACCUCUCUCUGCCGACAGUCUUGCCCGUCGCCGGACUAGCUGGGGCGGCUCUAACGUCAUCCAAGAUCCCUUGCGUUUCAACGUGCAGCCCAAAAAUACACCACCUGGACCAAUAGCAGGUCCCUCGCACUCGGCGUGGUCGUCCGAAGACCCGUUCUUUUCACCCACGGAGGAUGAAGCACCGUUCCACACACAUUCAUAUCGUACAGGCGGAAUGCGCUACCAGGACACCGGCGCGAUCUACUCGCACCCUCAGCCGGGCCAGUCAUCGGCUUCUCUUAUCUCCUCUCACUUUCGAGAAUCCGGCGACACCACGGACAGCACUCGCGACGACGACGAGGCUCACCUCACAUCUAACAUGUCCCGUGACGGCGCAGGCAGCGAAUGGGGCAUGAGCCACAGCGUGGAUCCAGAACAAUCAGGUGCGUCAGGCGCGUCGCGAGGGGCACGGCGCAGGACAGUUCGAUACAGCACUUCUCCGCUGAAGAAGACGGGAACGACGCUCAAGACCGUGUCUCGCAACCUGAGACGCGCUUCGUUACGCGUCGUAAACUUCGGAGGGUACGGGUUGGAGGACCACGUACGCUUGGACGACGUGGACGAGCGAAGGGAGAAGGAUGAGGACGACUUGCCCGACGAGGACGAGGUGCUACCGGAUCUGUCUAAGGCACUUCCUAUACGAGGGCGUACUCUGGGUUGUUUGGGACCCCGCAGCAGGGUACGGCUUGCGAUGUACAAGUUCCUUACAUACCCAUGGACAGAGCCAGUAAUACUGCUGUUAAUCAUCUUGAACGCUGUCGUCCUCUUCAUCCAAGCCUCCAUUCCCCACGCUCUACCGGCCGACUGGCCAGACGAUGCUCGACCUCCUCCCGUCACUGGCUACUUCCACUCUUGGGAAGACUACGUGCUAUUCGUAUUAUUCUGCUUGUUUACCCUGGAAGCUUUCGCUCGAAUGUGUGUAUCUGGCUUUCUGUUAGACCCGGAAAUCUCCGUCUCCACGCUCUUUCAGUCCCCGUUCUCGGCAUACCCGGACAUUACUCGACCCCCGAACACUGCUGCAGAGGGCAGCUUUAAUCUCGCUCGUACGCCGUCUGUUAACACGACCCACUCGACCUCACAACUACACCGCGGACAGACUAUUACCCAACGUCUCUCCAACCUCCGACGAAACCUCGCUCGACCAUUCGUUCUCCACCACUCCGUGACGACCCCAAUGGCUGCGGACAAUGGGAAGUCGUCAACAUCCAGGGCCCGCUCGGACACCGUCCAGUCCAAAUCGCCCAUGAUGGAAAAGGCACUGAACGAGGCGCAGAACAUCCACGCGCAUAUUCGCAAUCCCUCCGAGCCCACAUUCCUAUCCAAAGCAUUCCGUUCCGAUAACCCCAGCGAUACCCUCGCGCUGCCCUUUCGACUGAGCGUCGAGGACUCCAGGAAUCAGACGCAACGCAAUCUUCCCUUCCUUCGGCACAGCUGGACCAGAAUAGACUUCGUCGCCAUACUCAGUUUUUGGAUCACUUUUGCUCUAUCGUCCGCCGGCGUGGAGCACAGCAAGUACCACAUUGGAUUGUUUCGCGCCAUGAGCGUGCUCCGGUGCGCUAGGCUAUUGGCUAUCACUUCCGGUACUACCACCAUCAUGCGUUCGCUGAAGACGGCGCGGCCAUUACUGGCCAGCGUAGCAUAUUUCGUCUUGUUCGCCAUGAUUUUGUUUUCCAUUAUCGGCAUCCAGUCGUUCAAGGGCUCCUUUCGCCGCACCUGCCAUUUGUUUGUGGACGGGGUUGACUAUCCUCUCUCACAGAACUGCGGCGGUCACAUCGACAAUGUCACUCUUCAAGCCGUUGGCUACCUCAACGCCGAUGGCGAGCAUGGUUCUGUCAAAGGCUACAUAUGCCCUCUCGGACAGAUAUGCAUGGAGAACAACGACAAUCCCGAGGCGAAUAUGGAGAGUUUCGAUGUGAUCUACUAUGCCGCGCUUCAGGUCGUGAUUGUGUCGUCCGCGAACGGGUGGUCCGGGAUGAUGUACCAGAUGAUGGAUGCCGAGUUCUUCGUGUCUUGCUUCUUUUACAUCGUCUGCAUCAUUGUCCUCAAUUUUUGGUUGAUCAACCUGUUCGUUGCGGUCAUAACCAACACGUUCUCGGCCAUUCGCUCGGACACCAAGAAGAGCGCGUUCGGAGCUGCACCUCUGGGCCCUAUGGUGGAUGAAAACGAGGAAGGAUGGUCGAUGGUCGAUGGAAGGCGGGUCGCUGGGCGGAAUUGGGUUCGAGACAUCUAUGAGAACAUCCGCUGGUGCUGGGUGGGCUUCGCUCUUGCCUCCGUGAUUCUGCAGGCGACGCGUACUGUGGACAUGUCGGCGCUUCACGCUGAGAUCCUGGACAAGGGCGAGCUCGCACUCACGAUCAUGUUCGACGUGGAGAUUGUGAUCAGAGUGCUAGCGUACCUACCUGACUGGCGGAAGUUCUUCUUCCGAGGACAGAACGUGCUCGACCUAAUUCUCGCGAUAGGGUCGAGUGUCAUCCAGAUUCCUGCCAUCCACGAAUCUAGCGUCUACCCCUGGCUCACGAUCCUCCAGCUUAUGCGGUUUUACCGCGUCAUUCUCGAAAUUCCCAGGAUGAAGCCGCUGCUGCUUGCCGUAUUCGGGAACAUGUACGGUUUGGCGAACAUGUCUCUGUUCUUGAUCGAAAUCAACCUGCUUGCGGCGCUCUUUGCUGUGCAGCUGGUUAGCGGGGACGUCAAGCAGGGCAACCUCAUCGACUUUGGCACGCUGUACAACACGUUCCUGGCUAUCUACCAGGUCUUCUCGUCCGAGAACUGGACAGACGUCUUAUAUACGGCUGCAGUGCCCGAAGUCCCGCUCCGCCAGUCAGCGGUGGUCGUCCUAUUCAUCGCCGGAUGGAUGUUCUUCGCAAACUAUAUCGUGCUUCAGAUGUUCAUCGCCGUCAUCAACGAGAACUUCGAUGUUGCUGAGGAGUCCAAGCGCAGUAGGCAGGCAUCCCACUAUUGGGCUUCUCACCGGCCGCAGCAGGCUCGCGCGGCUUGGAUCCGCAAGCUCAAUCCGUACCGUUGGCUCAAGGCGCAGCCGAAAGCCAUUGAAGUCGAACUUCCGUCCAACCUCGUGUUGCCGAUGCAGAAGGCGCUGGUCCAGGAUUAUAGCCUCCCUAAGCGAGACAACUCCAUUGUGGAUCAAUCUACUAGGCGGGGAGGCACGGCACGGUCCUACUCCGCGAAGUCGACGCUAAGGCGGCUUCAGCGCUUAUUCGCGGGCGACAUAACAGCUGGAGAUGUCCCUCUCACGACUCUAAGGAAUGCUCGCCGUGACUCUGUGGUAGCGUCGGACCCGGUGGACGAAGAAACCGAGAGGCAUCUGGAGGUUUUGGCAGCAUUGAACAACGAUGCUGUGGACGUGGAAGAACUGAACGACGCUUUGUACGAGCGACGUGCUCAGAAAGCCGACUUCAUCCGCGAUCAUCCCACAUACGACAAGACUUUCUGGAUCUUCUCACAGAAGAACUGGCUACGCAAGACGUGCCAGAAGCUCGUUGCUCCAGCCGGUGGAGAUCGUAUUUUCGGUACCCCACAUUCGCCAAUCGCCCAUCCGAUCUUCCAACUAUUGCUCCUCCUCACCGUCAUUGGCGGGAUCGUCGUCGAGAGCAUCGCAACUCCUCUGUAUCGUCGCGAUUUCUACGCCGAACACGGUCUCUUCCGAGGAACGUGGUUUGACAUUGCAGAAGGCUCUUUCGCGAUCGUCCUGCUCUUGGAGUUCAUCAUCAAAGUCAUUGCGGACGGGUUCCUGUUCACGCCAAACGCCUAUGUCCGGAGUAUCUGGAACAUCCUUGACUUUUUCAUCCUUGCUGGAAUCCUCGUCAACGCUAUCACCGGCCUCAUCUUCAUCGGUGGUCUCAGUCGUAUCACGCGGUCUCUCAAAGCCUUGCGCGCACUGCGCCUCAUCACACUCAUUGACAAAAUGCGGUCGACCUUCGAGUCAUUGAUCAUCUCGGGGAUUGUCCGUAUCAUGGACGCUGCUCUGCUUGCCAUCCUCUACAUGAUCCCGUACGCUGUGUGGGGACUGAAUAUCUUCGCAGGCGUCACGAACGAGUGCAAUGAUGGCAAUGCUUCCGGUAUUAGCGACUGCAUUGGCGAGUUCUCCACCAGCUUUGUUUCCGACGACAAUGGCGACAACGCGUUCAGCUUCUUGGUGCCCCGUGUCUGGGAGAACCCAGCGCCCUCGACGACGUUCUCGUUCGACACCUUCCGGCAAUCACUUCUCAUUUUGUUCGAGAUCGUGUCCCUAGAGGGUUGGGUUGACGUCAUGGGCGUCGCCACCAGCGUCACUGGCGAGAAUCAACAGCCUCAGACGAAUGCGUCCUUGGGCAACUCGAUCUUCUUCUUGUUCUACAAUUUGAUGGGGGGAGUUGUCAUCUUCACUCUUUUCGUCAGUAUCAUCAUCGGCAACUUCACGUCCAAGACGGGUUCCGCUCUACUCACGCAACCACAACGGGAGUGGAUUGACCUGCAAAAACUGAUCAAGCGGCAGCGUCCUUCCAAGCGUCCCAAGAAGCGGCCGACAUGGCGUAUCCGGCAGUGGUGCUACGACCGUGCGGUUCACAAGCAUGGCUGGUGGUCCCGGAUGAUGACCGUGCUGUACACUCUGCACGUCAUUGCUCUGAUGACACAGACAUUCACGCCACAGUACUAUCUUGAUCAAUUCCGGAGCGAUUUCUUCAUCUUUAUCACCGUGAUGUACUGCGUGGACGUGCUCGUUCGGUUCUUUGGACUUGGCUGGUCCAGUUACAGCGCCAACGGAUGGAAUAUGUUCGACAUCGUGGUCGCUGCGGGCAGUCUUUUCACUACGUUGGUCGUGCGGUUCAACGCAGGUGGCUUCGUUAUUCAGCAGUUGCAGAAGCUCUUUAUCACAAGCAUUGCGCUCAAGCUCGUGCAGCGAGUGAACAGUCUCAACAAGCUCUUCAAGACAGCUGUUGGUAGUCUACCGGUCAUCCUCAGUCUGCUGGGUCUCUGGAUUAUCCUCUUUUUAUUCUUCGCGAUCCUCUUUGUUGAGGUGUUCAGCAUGACGAAGUGGAACACAAGCGAGACGGUGAACCAGAACUACUCCAGUAUGGCGAACGCUCUAGUCAUGUUAGCGUUCAUGACGACGGGAGAAGGCUGGAACGGGUACAUGCAUGACUUUGCCCUGGACUAUCCUCGUUGCACCAUUACCGCUUCCGGAGAGACAGAUUGUGGCAGUGUCUACUGGGCGUUCACCCUCUUCAUCGCGUGGAAUCUGCUCAGCAUGUACAUCUUCGCUAACUUGUUCACUGGUGUUGUCGUCGAGAGUUUCUACUACGUUUUCCAGAUGUCCGGCGGAGCGAAAUCUAUCACUCGAGAGGAGAUGCGUGCUUUCAAGAAGGUCUGGGCCGAGUUUGCCAACCCGAAGACAGGAUACUUGGAACGCCACAAUUUCGUGCGCUUCUUUGGAAAACUGAGCGGCAUCUUCGAGGUCAAGAUCUAUCCUACGGAGUUCAGCAUUCCCCGAAUCAUGGCCGUGUCCAAGGAUUUUGCCAACCGGGACUCGUGGUCGGAAAAGAUCAUUCAAGGAUAUGACUUCAGUAAGACAGAGCUCGUUCUGAGCAACAUGGAUCGCAUGGCCAUCAAGCGGAGGAAGAAUCUCUACAAUCGGCUCUACCACGAGGCUCGAAUCUCUCACGAGCCUGGCAAGGGCAUUUCAUUCACGAAUAUGCUCUUACUGCUCGCUCAUCACAAGCUCAUUGUGGACAAGGAGGCGCUCGUACUGAAGGACCUCGUUGUACGAACGGAGACGAACAAGCUUGUCACAGAUCUUGUCGACUUCGACCGCGUUCAGUCACUUUUGCUGAUGAUCUUGUACCGCCGGCGGUACCUCGCCCAACGAGAGCAGGCUCGCAUGGGGGCAAUGGGCGGGCCAGAUAUUCCUGCGAUUAUCGUCGAUGACUUCCCCACUACGCCUCCGAUGAUGACACGAGACAUCACUUCCCCAUACCAAACCCCGAUCCAUCGAUCCUUAGAUGGCAACGACACGCCAAUGGCAAUUACGCCAGGCAUUCUACAAUCUCCCGACGUGUCGUAUGUGCUGGAUACGCCUUCGCGCCCGCUACAGCGAAGGCAGCGGACGAGUGAUGUCAGCAUGUUGUCAAUCGACAUGAGCAGCAGAUUGGAGGGCUCAAUAUACAGAGAGUCGCGGGCUGGUGAUGACGACGACGUCCUAUCGUCGAUGCAGAAUUCCAUGUGGCAAGACAUGAUGCUCGAAGCAGCAGAAGAGGAAGGAGAUCUAUAAUUGAGACUGGACUUAGUUGCGUUUGUAACCCUCGUUACUCUUUCGUGUCUACAUAUAUCGCAUCUCUUAUGGAUGCAUCAUCUGGAUACUCUC